CCGUCGCGGUGCGGUGCUGCUAGCAUCAACCGGGUAAUGUGGAGCUGACGUCCCCCAACCGAAACACCACAUUUUCAAUAAAACACACGGCUGUCCGCGUUUUGUACACAGCUGCACCUGAGCCAACAUGCCUCCGAAGAAACCCGCCCAGCCCGCGGGGAGUAAAAAAACUCAGGAGAAGAAAAAGGAAAAGAUUAUUGAGGACAAGACAUUUGGCUUGAAGAACAAGAAAGGGGCCAAGCAGCAGAAGUUCAUCAAGAACGUCACUCAGCAAGUCAAACAUGGACAGCAAAGUGCCAGACAGGUGGAGGCAGAAAAGACCAAUAAGAAGGGUGAUAAGAAGAAGGAGCUGGAAGAACUCAACGAGCUGUUUAAACCCGUAGUCGCUGCCCAGAAAGUCAGCAAAGGCGUCGACCCAAAGUCCGUGCUGUGUGCGUUCUUUAAGCAGGGCCAGUGCACCAAAGGGGACAAGUGCAAGUUCAGCCAUGACUUGUCGAUGGAGAGGAAAUGUGAGAAGAGGAGCCUCUACGUGGAUGAAAGAGACGAUGACCUGGAGAAAGACACCAUGGAGAACUGGGAUGAGAAGAAGCUGGAGGAGGUGGUCAACAAAAAACACGGAGAGGCGGAGAAGAAGAAAGCCAAAACACAAAUCGUGUGUAAGUACUUCCUGGAGGCCAUAGAGAAUAAUAAGUACGGCUGGUUCUGGUCGUGUCCAGCGGGGGGCGACACCUGCAUGUACCGGCACGCCCUGCCGCCCGGCUUUGUACUGAAAAAAGACAAGAAGAAGGAGGACAAAGAGGAGGAGAUUUCGCUGGAGGAGCUGAUAGAGAACGAGCGCUCAGCUCUGGGCCCCAACGUGACUCGGAUCACUCUGGAGACUUUCCUGGCAUGGAAGAGGAGGAAAAGGCAGGAGAAGAUUGACAAAGCGAAGGAGGAGAUGGAGAAGAAGAAGGCCGACUUUAAGGCUGGAAAAUCGCUAGUGGUGAGUGGGCGUGAGGUGUUCGAAUUCCGCCCAGAGCUGGUCGACGACGACGAUGCUGAAGCCUCCGACACACGAUAUGCCAGCGACGAGGAUGGUGAUGAGGAGGAGAAGGAGACUAACUCUACAGAAGUCCAGGACAUAGACCUAUCCCGUUUUGUUCCACAAGAGGUCGACAACACAGGCAUCACCGUAGCUUCCGUGGACCGUUUCACCUCAAGGAACAAGACUCAGCCGACGCCAAACGACAACGAGGAGCAGAUGAACGGAGCUUGCGGUGGCGCUGAGGCCAACGGGCUUUCGGGGGCGGAGGGAGGCGGGGAGGACGGAGGAGGGGAUGAUGAAGAGGAGGAGGAGGUGCCGGUGGAUGAGAACCUGUUCACGGGAGAAGAUCUGGAGGAGCUCGACGAGGAACUCAACACACUGGCGCUGGAAGACUGAGAGAGGGAGCGCGUGAGACACGAGGGAGCGCGUGAUGGAAGUCAGGACGGACUAAGUGACAAAGGGAUCGACGGAUGGAUGCAUGGAGCUACACAACAAAGAGACCAGAUGUUUGAAUGAUUUUAAAUUUCAGAGACUCCAGUAAUAAAGCCUGAUUAUAUCAUGACAUCACUGCCUGUCUCUGCCGCCCUCUGUUUUCUGUACCGCCCCUCUCACAUCCUGCCGCUGUCCAUCCGGUGUCCAAGUUCCCGCCACAGGGCCAGCUCCACAUGACCGCCGCUUGUCAGAGUUUAAUUAAAAGAGAAUUUGGCUGCACUUCUUGUUGCUGGCUUAUGCUGAAACUGAUAAAUUAGGCUUCCUGAUCAGUUGAAUCUUAAAUUUAGUGAUUUGCAGAGUGAGACUUUGUCAGGGCUUAAAAUGAAAGCACUCUUGAGAUUAUAUUGUGGGAUAAAUCAAAUAACAUGUUGAAUGUUUGAAGGUUGAGUUAUACGACGUAGGAAAUGAACAGGAGUGAUUCUGUUAUAAGAAACUGAAUCUGUUCAGAGCUUCACCGCCUCUCAUACUCAACAGCUCUAGUCUGAGGUCCAGCUGAUUGUUUUCUCUCAACAAAUACAUUUCAUGUAGCUGAAGUCAAAGCCCUGUUCAACUGUCAGCAGAAAUUCGUGCAACUUUUUGAACGAGAAAAUCCAGAACUUCUAAAAUGUCAGCCCUGAAACCAAAUGAUCCACUCGCCAGCCCAGAAUUGUAAAUACUGUUCUCAUGAGCUGCCUCCUGAAGAAAUAAAAGAUUACUGUUCA